CAACAAGUAGACAAAAAACAACAAAGGAGAAAAUAGCUAACUCAUUGGACAAAACCUACAAACAUCAUAAGUCUUCUUCCAGUUACACUGCGUUCAUCCCAUUUUUGGAAUGAAUUUCCCUUAGUUUGAUUAAUGGGGUUGGAAGUGAAGCCUUUAUGGCUCACUGAUUCGAUUCCAAAGAUCUGUUUUUGAAACAAUUUCGAUCGAAUCCCUUCCUCUUCUCUCCAUGCAUCCCUCACUCCCGCUCCGCCGUGACAGGCCUGCGGCUGAUCGCCCCGUCGCGGCCAUGGCCAAUUCCCCCGUCUCAGAUUUGGGUUUUUAUUGGUUUUCAAAUUUGAGUUCCGCUUCCUCAGUUUUUUAUCCUCGUUGUACUCAUUACAAUUUUUUAUUAUGUAUAUUUAAUGUGAAUCUAUGCUAAAGUAUUAUCACAGUUCCAAGGAGUAAAGUUCACAAGUUCCAUAAAUAUCUAAUAUUGGUAUUGGUUGGUUGUUGCAAGGCUACAUAUAAUAUAUGCUGUUGUUUUCAAUCCUUUGGUCCGGUUUUAUUGUUGAUGGAACCAGGCUAUAUAUAAUCUUUUUAGCUAUACUUGAUUUGCUUCCGUUGCAUCUUAUUUAUCACUGAACUAAAGGAUUUCAUCAACAGAGAAAUUAUUUCUGGUGUUGUCUUUCUAAAUGGUCCUAAAUUUAAGUUGAAAAAAUGAGGGGGAACCGGAUAAUUUUUGGAGGCAGAAUGGGGAUCUGUGGUGCAAUAUGGAAACUCUUCAUCCAAUUUAUGAGAAGACCGUUAGUGUUUGAUUUCUGAGCUUGCAAUUACAUUGGUUGUUUUCAAAUUACUGCAGUUUGGACCUGAAAACUAGCUUUUGGUUUGAUUGUCACCUUGUCAAUUGGUGAAAUAUAUAUGCUCUCCAACUAUGGAUAACACGAAGAAAGAUGAACCUCAAGAUGAGAAGCAAGAUGAACUUGCUGAAUCGCUGGAUGAUCUAUUCUGUAGCAUUUCCACCAUGAUCAAAUCCGAGCUUCAGGGGACAAAUAAUCACCUAGAGCUGUUGGAGAAGAUGAAUGUAAGAGUGGCAGAAGAGUACAAAGGGUUUGGUGACUUGGCUUCAGGGUUGAGGGUUUUUGUGGAGCAGUUGAAAUGCAAGAGUGGUAGCUUCAAUGAAUAUGUUGAGCAGAUUGAUAACAUUGAGAAGCAGGUGACUGAGUUUGAAGCUGUGGUAUCUAUGCUUGAUAAGUAUGUUGCUUUGUUGGAAUCAAGAGUGCAGUAUGUGUACCUUCCCAAAAUCCAUCUUCCUAAUCAACAAUAGUGUAAAACUUUUACUUCUCAUUAUUAACAUUUACAUUAUUUCCUUGUCUCAGGUGAAUGAAUUGCUAGAUUUACAUAUGUUCUACUUUGUCACAACAAAAAGUUUUGAAAGGCCUACAAUGGUUUAUGUAUUCAAUAAUCUUUGCUUUCUUAAACUCA